AUGUUCACUACAAAAGAGUACAUUCCUAAACCAUCAAAUGUUGUUAAACAUUUCCUUGAUAAACAUACCGGAAAAGAAACCAGCGAGACUCUUGGUUUUCCAGUUGCAACUGUGGAAAGAACUAUUCAAGUUUAUGGAAAAUCUGAAGCAUCAAUAAUUGCUGCUAGUGAUAUAAAAAAAUCUGUAAAUGAAUCCACCGGUUUAAAUGUUUCAGUUACAACAAUUUAUCGAAGUUUACAUGAAAUUGUCAGUUUAUGUCAUCUUAUAACUUUUGAAGAUAUGAUAAGUUGUUCAAGAGCUGUUCAAUUAUGUAAUAAAAUGAUAAAAAGUUUAAUUCAAAAUGAAUCAUUAAGAAAUUUUGUUGGUAGAGAAUUAUUGAUAUCAGCAUUACAGGCGUUAAAUGAUGGGCACCAAAAGGAGAACCAUUCAUUGAUAAUAGCAUUAAUUACAGAAAUUUAUUUAUCGUUAAGACCAAUCUCUUCUGUGCCAUAUGAAACAUUUGGUCAAAUAUUAAAUUUAGAUCAUGUUAAAUUACAAGAUUUUGAAGCAUCACUUGUACAAGGAAUCGAUUUAAAAGAGCAAAGAAAUACGGUAAAAAAAUUUCUGGGAGGUUUUACAGGAGUAAGAAAAGUCACAAUGACAGUCAAAAGUUCUUCAUCAUCUCAUAGAACAAUCAUUGGCGAUUAUAUAAAACCAAAAUUAAAUGUUCUAGAUAUAAUUGAUGAUUCAAAUGAGUCAACAACAGGAUUGAAAGAGACAAUUUCUCGGAUAAUAACAAUUCAAAGUGAUUUUAUUUGGUAUAGAUUGAUAAAAUUAUCCCAAAUUUUAGAAUAUGGUGCAGCUAUUGAAUUUAAAUCAUAUAUUGUCUAUUCAAUCUUUAGCAUCUCGAUAUUUCCAAUCUUACAAUAUGUAUUUCGUGAAAGCAAUUUAUUGACCGAAGUAGUUCCUCAAUUAACCUAUUCGAUAUUCAUGAUCCUUAUUUGUAUACUGGGUAUAAGAUCACACUGGCGUUUCACUAAAUUAUUGAGAGUCACUAAAAAUUCUACUUCAACUUCUGCCACUGCCACAGCCUCCUCUUCCUCUUCUUCUUCAAAUAAAAUAUUAAUGAAAAAUGAAAAAUCGUUAAACCCCUCAAAAUGGAUUCCAAAAUCAUAUACAGCCUCCGAAGAAGAUUGUGUUAAAUUAAAACAUUCGCCAAGUCCCUGGUCAUCACAACAAUCACGUUCAGCUAACGAUGUUGUCAAUAGUAGCUACUAUAUAGAUAUAAACGAUGAUUCAACGGUUGUCAAUAUCAACGGUACACCAAUGGCACCAAAGAAAUCACCAAGAAGACCAUCAAUUAAAACUAAAACAAAUGAUAAUAAUUAUAUCGCAGAAAUAAAUGUUAAAGAUGAUGUACUUUCAAAACUAAUAACUACCGCUACUACAAAGACUUUAUCAAGCAAACCUUACCAACAAUCUCCACUUAAUCCGAAAAGAUCGGAUAAACCAGAAUCAUUAAAAACAUCUCUUCCCCCUAUCACUAUAAGAGCUAGGUCGGGUAGUUCAUCAAAUGUUAUAGAAUCAAAUAACAUACGGAAAAGUGCAAUAAAUAGAAAUCGAUCAAAUAGCACAAAUACUUUGAAUAAUAGUAAUAGUACUCUGAUCGGCGGUGGUACGAGAAGGAUACCCGGAAGUGCAAGUAGCACUAAAGGUAAUACAGGUAGUAGAGGUGGUGAUGGUGUUAAAGGAAUAAAUACAUUGGGAAGAAGUAGAUCAAGCAGUAACAGUAGUGCCAGUUCAUCAGGAAGUAUAUUAAAAAAGAAGGUGAUUAAGCCAACAAGAGAUACAGUUCUUG